AUUCUUACAUGUCAGUCAGUAAUACUGGAAACAAUUCAACUUGUUAUUCGCAAUUCGUCAUGGACCAAGUUUAUCGAGUUGCAUUGAUUUUAUUUUAUUCAAUAAUUUAUUUCUGGAUAACAGUUUCCUGUGAAAGUCCCAUUUAUAACUUUAACAUCAACGUUGCAAAUUCCGAUGCUAGCGGGAAAGUUUCAAAUAAUCCCGUUCAAAAUACUCCAACGACUAAGCAAAGUGAAAUCCUAGCGAGAAAUAAAGAUUUAAAAUAUGCAGGAAAAUUUGGGAACAAGAUGUAUUUUACCCUUCCAACUGCUGGUUCUUGGAAGUAUGCAAGGGACGCAUGCGCAGGCGCCAAACUGCAAAUGAUAGCACUGGCCUCCUAUGCAGAGCGGGAUUAUAUAAACAACGCACUAGGGACGAGCACUAGGUAUUGGACCUCUGGGAAGCAGGUGGAUGCCUACAAAUGGGAAAAUGGAACAAAUGUCGGCCUAGUGUACAGAUCAGCCUGGAUAGAAAACUGUCUCCUCAUUUAUUUCGGGGGGAUAUACGCAGAUCCUUGUAAUGGGAAGGCAUUCGAGUACUACCCACUCUGCCAGACAGAUUCAGAUAACUAAAUACACAUUUUUAAAUGUUACUCCGCUUUUUUAUCUCGUCUUGUUCAGAACUUGUCAAAAAAUAAAUUCAUUUGUACAUAGCA